AUGAAAGAUUGUUCAUCAAGUGUAGCUUCUAUUGUGAAGGAUGAUAUACUCGAUUUGAGUCAGUGUCCGGAAAAUGACUUUGAAAGAGAACGCAUGAGAAAUAUCCCUUAUGCUUCAGCCGUCGGAAGUUUUAUGUAUGUUCAGGUUUGCACCAGGCCUUACAUAUCAUAUGCUAUUGAAGUAUUAAGGAGAUAUCAGAGUAAUCCGGGUGUUGACCACUGGAUAGCUGCAAAGAAAGUGAUGAGGUACCUUCAAGGUACAAAGGAUUUCAUGCUCAUGUAUAGAAAAAUUGAUGUCUUGAAAAUGAUUGGCUACUCCGAUUCGGACUACGCUGGCUGCAUUGACACUCGGAAAUCCAUAUCGGGUUAUGUAUUCAUGUUGGCUGGUGGAGCUGUCUCUUGGAGAAGUGCGAAGCAAUCUAUCACUGCUACUUCCAAUAUGGAGGCUGAGUUUGUUUCAUGUUUCGAGGCUAGCUUGCAUGGUGUAUGGUUGAAGAUUUUCAUAUCCGAGCUUAAAGUCGUUGACUCUAUUUCUAGACCGAUUAAGUUGUAG